ACCCGCUCCAAGGGCUGCCAGACUCUGACUGAGCAAGCGCAGCAAGAACCUUAUCUCACCAUAUACCUGACUUCGAGUCUGAGAGGCAGAUUGAUAAUUGAAGCAUUGGGGAUCCUGAGUUUUGGAGCCAAUGGCUAAGAGCAAGAAGCAACUAUUGUCUUCGGCUCCAUGGAGGGGCGAAGAAGGCAACAAGCCAGAAUUCCCUGACGCAAAGCUCAAAGUUACCAAUCAACCCGGCACCACUCCAACUAUGCAUGUCCCUCGCAAGAAGUCUAAGCUUGAUAACAACCCCGAUGACGAUGAAGCCCUCGAGAUUGAUCCGGAGCUACGCUACAGCUUCCAGCGCAAUUUCCAGUUUCUUCAACGAGUUUUUAGCAUUGACACGCUGGUGAAGCCUCUUCCGCCUGCCAUGGCAUACAAUGUUUCUCGCAACUUGAACUUCUUCACACGCAUUUUUACACAGUUCUUUGAUCCGGAAGGUAUUGCAAAUGCCCAGAAAUCCCUUGGCAUAGGACAGGAAGAGAAAGCCCGCCGUGUUCGUUGAAAUAUUGACAGAGAAUAGGGGAAGAUGAUGAAAGGCGAAAGAGAAUGAUAAAAAGAACCAGUAGUGUGGCAAAUGGAUUCUGCAUUUUGUGACGUAUUUCUGCUUAUUUUAUGACUUUGUGAGCAGUCAAAUUAGUUUUCUUUUUGUGAAAGUUAGUUCAUGUAAUAUUGCAAGAUGAGUGGCAUUACAAAUCUGUUAGUUCAUUUUCCUUGAAAUGACGCAGUCUUGAAAAAUCAUAUUUUCUCAAAGCUUAAUGGAUGCAAUCCUUACUCUCAAA